AUGAUCAAGAGCCCAGACUCUUCGAGACCUGCUCGGAAAAGGUCGCGUGAUGAUCUGGAGGAAGCGGGGCUCAGCAAAGCACAACGAGAAAAACUGCGUCGCGACCGACUUAAUGACAGGUUUCUUGAGCUGGGCCGCGAGCUGGAUCCAACUACGACUCCGCGGACGGACAAGGGCAUAAUUCUCAACAACGCCGUUCGUGUGCUGACUGGCCUCAAGGCGGAGGCUGCUGCUCUCAAGCAAGGCACGUGGCAGCUCCAGGAGCAGAUCAAGGAGCUGAAGGCUGAGAAGUCGGAACUUCGGGACGAGAAGGCCCGCCUCAAGGCACAGCGAGAGUGCCUUCAAUUGCAACUUCAAGCGUUGCCACUUCCAACGCCAGAUCGAUUUUCGUCCCCAGCUGCUGCUGCUGCUGCAGCCGCCGCAGCCCUCGCUGCACUUCAGGCUGCGGCAGCUGGGCCCAUGUCCAACCAUUUCGCUGUGAAGCCUCCAGCGUCCAUACCUGCUGAUGCAGCACAAGGUGCUCCUGGUUCUGCAUGGCAAUGGCUUCAGUCGGCGUCUGGGGAUGUUAAGAGAGACCAGAUCCUUAGGGCUCCAGUGGCAUAA